CGUGCAUGGUUUGUUGCCGCAACCGCGCGCAUCGCCAUGGAUGAGAGUGAAGAACGCCGAGAGGCGAUGGAGAUUUUCUCGGAGAUCUCAGGGUUGUUGAACACCGGCCUCAAGCAGGAAGCGAGAUGACGCGAGAGUCCCUGGCUGCGCUCGUCGGGCUUUGUGAGCUGGGCGUGAACCCCGAGGCUUUAGCCCAGGUAGUGAAGGACCUUCGGGCGGAGAAGAAGCAGAUGAGCGAGGCGGACGUCCACGUUCCGGACGUUCCGGGACCGGCCUCCACGGGCGACCGGUCGCUUCAACCAGCUCCGCGGUCGAGCCGAAAGUCGGAUGGAUCCAAGUGAGUGCAACGGUGCAACGGGGAGUGUCCGGCGAGAUCCCGAAAAGAGGGGCAAAAAGGCAUG